AGCCAAAGUGGCUAGUGGAAAUUUAAAACCUACUAGCCAAAACUAAAUUUCUAUUAGUCUGUGGCUAGUUGGCUACUGUUAGUGUUGAGCCCUGAUAGGGGUAGAAAAACAGAGAAAAUUCUGCUUGGAAGAAGACGGUUAUACCUGCAUAAUAACCAAAUGGCUUCUCCCCAUUCCAAAAAUCUUUGUUGAGCAUAACAUGCCUUCAACAGCCCAGUUAAUUUUCCAAAGAAAUGACUUGGUGAUAAUUCUUUGUGACAGAUGUCAACACAUGUGGACGUAGACGGGGAUUGUCCUCUGGCUAUUGUCCCAUGUCAGUACACCGACAUUGGCUGUAAAUUUAAGGGACGGCGUAAUGAGAUGGAAAAACAUGCUCAAGACAAUAUGCAAGUUCACUUGGAUCUGGCCCACUUAAGAAUAAGAGAACUUGAACAGAGACAGGAGUUUGUAUGCACAAAUGGAAAAUUCCUGUGGAAGAUCUCAAACUACUCACAAUUAUUUCAGCAAUCUGCCACAAAGAAAGAGAAAGAAAAACUUUGCAGUCCUCCAUUUUACACGGGACAGUAUGGCUACAAGCUACGAGCGGAGGCUUUCCUUAAUGGCCUUGGACAAGGGAAAGGAACACACCUGUCCCUUUACGUUGUCAUUAUGAAAGGAGAAUAUGAUGCCAUACUUCCAUGGCCAUUUCAACAGCGAGUGGACUUUGUUCUGAUUGAUCAAGAUGAUGACAUGGCCGUACGACAGAAUAAAGUUUGGAGGCUCACUUGUGAUAGAGACAGUGAUUACUUUAAGAGGCCAAACAAGGCGAAGAGUCUUGGAUUUGGUUGCCCUAAGUUUGUUUCCUUGGAUACACUCAGAACUAGAAACUAUAUCAGAGAUAAUACAAUCUUCAUAAGAAUUGACGUGGAGCCACUGGAUGCAUCCUGAAAAUACUAAUUGAUCUUCAGUAUACAGCUUACUAUUCAUAACUUGCAUGAUGAAUUUGUUAUUUGCUUCUAGAAAACUGUUUCUGCAAAUGUAAAGAUGGUUGAGUGGUUGACAAAACAAAAUUUAAAAAAAUUUAUGGGACGAUAAGUAUCUGUGUGAACUCUCCUGGAAUUCUCCUGGAUACAGACCAAAUCUCCUGCUCUCCAAUACAGGUCACCAGAUCUCCCUGAUAUGAACUGGAAAGUGCUUGAAGUACCUUUUCACACCUAAUGUGUCCUAUUUUUGGCAUUUCUGGGGUACAUUUUUGGAACAUUUGAUGCUUGACUGAAUUGAUGAUGCCAAACUGAUGAUAACAAACUAAGUUGUUAGUUUAGUGUCAAGAAAGUAAAAUUGGCAGUCUCACAUAUUUCAAUUUCUUUUAGGUUGUCAUCUCUGUAUAAGUUAAUUUUUUCAUGCUGUUAUAUCAUUUUAAAUUUCAGAAACAGUUUUCUUGUUACCUGGCAUUUUGCCAUACAAGACCAUUACUAAGAAUAACCUUGAUAUAUGUCAUUUAAAUGAUCUAUUUUAACAAAGGGUAACAUAUUUGCAGGUCUACCUGCUAGUACUUACUUUAUUUCCUUGAAUGAUACCCAUUAUUACUUUCAUUAGUUUGCUGAAAGUUGAAACAUUGUGUAUCAAUGGGUGCUUGUAAAUGAAUGCUGGCAUUGAACUUUUCAAACUCAUUAAUAAUUCAUCAAGUUAAAACAAAGAAAAUCACAACCAUGACGGAGGUUUGGAUACUUGGUCUUAAUUUGCAUAGAUUUUGAUGAUUUUACUUCUUUGUUUACUCCCUAGUUUUUGUUUUGAUGGAGAAGAUAUAUCAAACAA